GAUUCUAUCUGUAAUAAUUGUAUUUUGUUUGAUUAGAUUCAUGGACUCGGAGCUUGAACUUAAUGAUGAAAUUCAGAAGCUGCAUGUUAUAGCCACAGUACCACAUCUUUAUCAUCACAUUGUAGAGGUUAAUGCUGUUGGAACCAUACUGGGCUUGUUAAGCCAUGAGAAUUCAGACAUUUCCAUAGCUGUUAUUGAUCUGCUUCAAGAGAUGACUGAUGUGGACACACUGAAUGAGAGUGAAGAAGGUGCCACUGCCCUUAUUGAUGCACUUAUGGAUGGUCAAGUUAUUGCCUUGUUAGUGCAGAACCUGGAUAGGCUGGAUGAAAAUGUCAAAGAAGAUAGUGAUGGUGUACAUAAUACUUUAGGAAUCAUAGAAAACAUGACAGAACUCAGACCAGCUGUUUGCCAGGCGGCAGGUGAACAAGGCAUGCUUGGAUGGCUUCUAAGAAGACUUAAGCAAAAACCACCUUAUGAUGCCAACAAACUGUACUGCAGUGAGAUUCUUUCCAUNUUGCAACUGGUCUGA